UAUCUUUCAAAGGCCAGAUAGUCCCGUCUCCACAGAUCCGACUUAGUCAGUGUCAAGCGGUCAGGCAAUAAAGACGAGCUCGAGAUCGCCUCUCUUUCUCUAUCUCCACUGCAGCGUAAUUCAAUUAAAAUUAAAACGCAAAUCUACGCAAGAGACCCGGAGUGAAAUUGCCCCAAAUUCAACGACAAUUAUAGGUCGCGCGCACGUCAGUAAUCUCAGCAUCUGCGUGGGCCCCACUCACACUAUAUCCCAAGUUCCGGCCAUGCAAUCGGAUCCAUCUUCGCUUGGCGCGGAAUCCAUACCCAUGCACCGCUCCACUUCAAUGCCCGUGAAGCCCAAGCCGCUGGAACAGAAGCCGCUGUUGCGAUCCUCCGAGAAGGAGACGGUCAAUGCGGCGGACUACUAUCCAGAGAGUCCUGGCUUUGUGCGUCGCAGGAAGUCCAAGACGACGGGAGAUCAGCUGGAGACGCGCAGUGAGCAAAAUUUUCCCUGCACCAAUGACUGGGCAGGCAGUACCAUUGAAUUAACACCAGAGCCGGGAACAUCUUCCUCCGAUAUCCUGCGACGCAGCCUACAUCGGGUGAUGGAGAAGAAUGGCAAGGAGAACGUUGUGUUUCGCCGCAUACCAGAAAAGUCCUGGCGUUAUAUGCGGGAUCUGGUCACUACGCUGAUGGAGCUGAAUUGGAAAUACAUGCUGACCAUAUUCCUGGGCAGCUAUUUUGCCUGCUGGCUGCUCUUCGCCGCCCUUUGCUAUGUGGUUUCCUACUCGCACGGCGACUUCAUCUUUGAUCCCAUCAGUGGUGCAAGAAUGGGCGAGGGCAAGGAUCCAUGCAUCUAUGGGGUAGGUAACUGGGUGGCCAUGAUCAUCUAUUCGGUGGAGACACAGACCACUCUGGGUUUCGGCGAGAAGUAUGCCAGCGAGGAGUGUCCGGAAACGGUGUUCCUGUUCGUUAUGCAAAUGGUAAGCGCCGCUCUGAUCGAGGGAAUUAUGGUGAGCGUGAUCUAUGCCAAGACGGCUCGUCCGGCCAAGCAGAUGACCAAGUUAAAGUUCAGUGACAAGGCGGUGAUCUGUUAUCGCGACGGCCAGCUGUGUUUGCUUUUCCGCGUGUGCGAUCCCCGCGAGCAGCAGACCAUCGAGUCCAAGAUACGCGUCUACAUGAUCAUAGACAAGCGCACGCGCGAGGGUGAGGUCAUAAAAACUCACACGGAACUGAAGCUGGAGGGGAAUGGCGAGCAGCUGAUCGUCUGGCCCGAUGUCGUCUGCCAUGUCAUCGACGAGACGAGUCCCCUGUAUCAGUUCAGCAAUGCCAAACUCUUUAAUGCCGCCCAGUUUGAGCUGUAUGUGUCCAUUGUGGGCACAUCACCGGCCACUGCCCAAAUGACCGAGGCCAAGACAUCGUAUCUGCCCAGAGAGAUAUUCUGGGGACAGCGGUUUGUCAACAUUAUCCACUAUGAUGCCCAGAACGAGAGGUAUUUGGUGGACUAUGAGAACUUCAAUAGAACCAUUUCAGUGGAUAUGCCCAUUAGGCUGGCGGCCACAAACGAUCAGCUAAAGUUGGAGUACAGAAAGUAAAGGCUACUAACUUUACCAGAAAUCCGAAAAGAUUAUAAUAGAUAUCCUUAACUUAACGUUGAAUGCGAUUUCGAUAUAUCAAAGUUUCAAAUAAUUUCGAUAUGGUAUUAGCGCAAUAAUAGGAACGAAUAAAUGUAUAACAAUUUCUUUCUAUUAUUAUUUAAAGUAAUCAUAUAAAAUUUAUUAAAAUCAAAACUUUCUAUCUCCUCUUCUGGGUUAAACCU